UAUAUUGUGUGACACUAUGCAUUUUGUUUAUCCCUGCCUGCAGUCUCAAUGUUAAGUUCCUCCAUAGAAUUGAGGCAUGAUAUUUUGUUCUGGUGCAUACAUUUAUAAAACAUUUGGUUGGCAGUUGUUCAAAUUAUGUCCUGUUCUGGUGAAUAAGACAUCUCGGAUCCUGUAAAACGGCCGCUCGGUUGGACCUGAAGUGGGCCUGCUUUGGUUAUCCAUCCCAUCAUUUCCAAUGGAUGGCAUUGCCAUGUCCAUCAGACCUUCUCCUCUUCAUCCAACUCCACCUCCUCCUCCUCCUCUGCCUGCUCUUCCUCCUCCUCCACCUCCUCCACCCAUCACAGGAUGUGAACCAUUCCCUCGCAGUGUCCACCGGCGUUCCAAGAUGCGCAAUUUUAACUGGGACACCAUUCCAAAGCACAGCGUGAUCGGGAAGCGCAACGUCUGGACGUCACACAAGAAUUUGGAGGACAUUCCUCUGGACACCAAGCGCAUGGAGGAACUGUUUAGCCACAGUGAACAUCAGCAGAUGCCACUCAGGCAUGGCACAGUCAAGAAGAGUGUAUGGGGCCUGCAGUCCACCAGUCCUAUGUCAGAGAUGGUUCCGAUUGUUAACGCAAAGAAAAGUAUGAAUAUUGGUAUUCUUCUGAAGCAGUUUAAAAGGCCAAUUGCGGACAUUGUUACGGGCAUCAGGGAGGGAAACAUGCGAUUCACUGCUGACAGACUGAGAGAGCUGUCCAAGCUGCUGCCUGAUGAUGUAGAGGUAAAGAAGCUGUUGUCAUUCCACGGAGAUGCGUCUCAGCUUGCAGAGGCAGACCGCUUUUUCCUGAUGCUGGUUAAAGUUCCCGGAUAUGAACAAAGACUGAAAAGCCUGCUCCUCCAGGAGGAGUUCAUGCCCUUUGUAGCGGAGAUGAGAAAAUCCAUUUGCAUCAUGACUGCAGCAGCUAAUGAGCUGCUGGCAUGUGAUGAUCUACACUCUAUAAUCAGACUGGUGCUUAAAGCUGGAAACUACAUGAAUGCUGAUGGCUAUGCUGGUCGUGCACUAGGUUUCAGAAUGACCUCUCUCUUGAGGCUUGUGGACACCAAGGCUAACAAACCUGGCAUGAACCUUAUGCACUACGUAGCUAUGCAAGCGCAGCAGAUUGAUGGCGCUUUAUUAAAGUUUACAGAACAGCUUCAACACAUUGGAGAAGCAUCAAGAAUACAAAAACAGGAAGUAGAAAUGGACUUUAAGAGAGAAAUGAUAAAAACGCAAGAAGCAAAGGCUCAUGCCAGCAAGCAGCCUGAUCUGCAACAUCAGGUGGAGGAGUUUCUUCAAAUGGCCACAAGUCAGCUAGCAGACAUGGAGGCCUCUCUAAGGGAGCUGGAUUCACUUAUUCACUCAGUGGCUGAGUAUUUCUGUGAAGACCCUGCUACCUUUAAACUGGAGGAAUGCUGCUCAAUCUUCCACUCUUUCUGUGAGAAGUUUGAGAGAGCUGUAUUGGAAAAUACAGAACGAGAGGCAGUGGAGAGGCGCCGGAGGCAGCAGAGGGAGAGAGAAACGCUGAGCCGGGUAGCCAAGCGGCGUACGAUUGCCUCCUGCUCUAGGCAAAGCACAGAACACGAAGCCCUGGAAUCAGUCCUCACCAACUUCCUCAGCACUCAUUCUUCCCGCAGAAGACAACCCUCAUCCAACAGACAAAGUCCAACAAAGAUGGCAGACAAAAACAACCCACUGGCCGAGAGGACUUGUAUAGCUCUGGAAAGUUCUGUUAAUAUUGGCAGAAAGGAUGAAUGCAAAUCACUUCAAGAGCAGGAGCAGAGCUUCCAGAUAACCCUUGAAAUUCCUGCCCAGACUGAACAAAACAAGAUUGUACAUACUGAGGAGCAGGGCAUGUGUUGUAUUAUAGCCCCGAACAGCCCUGAAAAGGUCGAAAUUGUUGACUCUAAUCCUGAAAAUCAGAAAGAGAAAAGCUUAAACAGAGAGCAAAUCUGCUGUGAUGUGGAUGUUCCGUGUACUCCAACUGGUCCGAAAAGAGCACCAUGCAUAGAAGACAAAGCAACACCAAAGAGCAGCCAAACAAACCGUCACAGGAGCAUACUUGUAAGACAAUAUGCUGGAGAGGAGGAUGAGAAGCAGAAGAAGAAUGAAGAGGCAGAUCACGUGCAGGAGGAUUCCCAUAAGGAUCCACUCCAAAUUAGGUGCCCAGUUAUAGAUCCCAUAGAGCACCCACAUGUUCCAGAUGUUUCCUCGCCUCAUCAUAGAGGAAUAAAAGAGGUGGAUUUGGCCCUUCAGAAUGGCUUUGGAUCACCUUGGACUGUUCUCAGUCCUCACGUCUCGCCCUCGUGCAUGCGACACCGCAGGCAUUCUUUUAGUUCCCUUAAAGAUGAAGAAUCAGAGGAUGGAGUGUGGGCACUUCCUGAUACGCCAUCAAAAGGCCCUCUUUUUGCGCACGUGUGCAGGUCAUAUGAGCACAGCGUGUCAACCUCUGUGAUUAGUAGUGUGGGUAUUAGAGAUUCCCCAUUAACAGGCACAUCAAUGCAAGGAAAUCUGUUAAGGUCUGCAUCAGUGGGUGAAAAUCCAGAAUCCAUACCGAGCUUUCGUUUCAGAACUUUCUUCCCAAGACGCCACGGACGAGAACUCCGGAGACAAGAGCCGUCUUCUCUGAUGUCCUUCUUCCAGCGAUUUGGGGAGAGAGGACGGCCUGCUUCUUUAGGAGACUCAUGCAGAGCAGAUACUUGAAUCUUUACUCUGUUUUAAUUUAUGUGCAUGGUUUUAAUUAUUAAUCCCCUAGUUUUUUAUUAUUUAUUUUUUUUUUAAAUAUACAAAGAUUUAGCAUUGUGUGCUCACGCAUUACACAAUGAACACUGUAACCCAAGACAAAUAUGGACUUGUUUUGGAGUGUUUUCAUUGUGAGCCUUGAUCGAACUUUGUCUACAAAAAUGUUGAUUUAUUUAUUUGUAUUUUUUCAUCAUCUUUAUCCUAAGUGUUUUUAGCGGUGUGGUUUUAAUGCACUUUAAGAUUCCUGCUGAGGUCCAUCCUCAACACUUCCAAACACUUGCUCAGUUUUCAUGUUUGUUUUGUAGUUUUUAAUAUAAUAAAGUGUGGCAUUCCACCCUAA